UCUUUGUUCUGCAUCUGGAUAGUGCUCACUUCUGCAUCUGCUUGCAAAGCUAGGCCAGGCUAAGCUGUCUUCGACCCUGCUUUACAAAAUAAGGGAUAUUUGACUUUGCUGUGGACUGAAUAAUCUGAUUUUUCUCCCCCACACACUUGGAAGGGAAAAGAAAGAAUAUUUAUUUUGUUCAAGCAAUCGUGAAUGUUCAUUUGAAACGAUGUCUCUCCAGUUCUUCCGAUUUUCUCUUGUGAUUAUUUCUGUGCUCCUGGUGAUUUUAACACUCCCAGAUGGGUUGAGUGGGAACAAAUUGCGCAAGAUGAUUGAGAAAAGAAAUGCAGAUAAGAAGUUGGCUGUUUCAGUUCCUGAGUCCAAGGCUAAAGGGUUUUUGAACAGUUUGAAGCGUUCAAAACGCUAUAUAUGGGACAGAUCUCGUGAUGAUGUUCAGCAGUGGUAUCAGCAGUUUAUGAACAUGGGAUAUUCUGAAGCUCAAUUUGAAGAUGCCGCUGCAUACUGGCUGGGUGUGCAUCAAGGCGCAGGUGGUGAUGACCGUGCCCGGUAUUACAUUCAUUACCAUUAUGAUGACAAUUCUCCAACUGGCCCUUAUUAUUCCCAAUCUAUACGCAUUGGUGCUGAUGUUAACUAUGAUGACUAUUAAAGCAACAUGUAAUGAAAAAGUGUUAUGUUGUUUCGCUUUAUCUCCCGGUAGGCAUGUUAUGUAUUAUUUUUCUUGACCAAGAGAUUUCAGACUUCUAAAUUCAAUGUUGUCACUAUACAGAACAACCUAAUGUGCAUCAUUUAGAAUGUAGCUUCUUUAUUUCUAUAAUUUGCUGAGUAACCCCUUGAAUCAGAAUGUAGAGUUUCUGAAAUGUAUUUACUUUACUCUCUCAACUAGCUUUCAACACUCUCAAUAAACGUUUCAAGAAGUGUUA